AUGUCUUCUCCGCAACCUUCUUCCAGUAGAUUCGGCAAAUACACAACAAUGGGGCAACGAUACCUGUCCCGGUGGGUCUCUUGGUCCGGGAUGAGUGCCACCACGCCCCCAGGGACGCCUUCCAAGGGCACCGCGGCCGAGGGCAUGCCGUCGCUGUCGCCGCAGCCGCCGAGGGCCUUCAAGCCGCGCUCAAGGACGUCCUCGAAGGCAUCCAAUGUGUCCGAACGCAGCAAGGUCACGUACCCGCUCGUCCCGAAGCUGCCCGUCCCCCCCCUCGGCCACACCCUCUCGUGGUACCUGACCCACCUGAAGACGGUGCUUCGGGAGGAGGAGUACCUGGAGGCGGUCGCUGUCGUGGAGGAAUUCGGGAAACCUGGAGGCGUCGGCGAGAAGGUGCAGGAGGAGCUUAUCAAAAGGCACGACGCGAUGGACAACUGGGUGUACGAAUGGUGGCUGGACGACAUGUACCUGAACGUGUCCUUGCCUCUGCCGGUCAACAGUAACCCAGGCAUGGUAUUCCCUCAUCAGAAAUUCGCCUCAGAUGCUGACAUGAUCAACUUCGCUGCCCGCCUCGUCAUCGCGUCAAUCGACAUGAAAGAGAGGAUUGAAGUAGGCGACCUGGACGUCGACCGCUGCAGCGCCAGGGAGAAGCAUCAACCGAUGUGUAUGGCGCAGUACAAUCGGGUUUUCUCGUCUUACCGGCGGCCGGCGAUCCCCAAGGACAAGUUACUCUCGGUUGCAGAGUUUCAGAAAGAAAAUCAGCACAUCAUCGUUUACUACAAGAAUCACAUCUACCGGGUGGAGGUGGUGGUGGAGGGCGUGAAGAUGACGCUGCAGCAGGUGGUGUCCCAGAUGCGCGAGAUCCUUCGGGAGGUGGACGAGUAUGAGGGCUCCGACCCCCCUCCUGUCGGGGUCAUGACGGCGGAGAACAGGCGCACGUGGGCCCAGAGCAGACAGCUUCUGUGCGGAGACCAAGAGAACCAGAAACUGCUCCGCAUCAUCGAAACCAGCGUCCUCCUGGUCUGCUUCGACGACCCGCUGCCCUCGCGCUUCAACCUGACCACGAGGACGAGCCACCGAGCCAGCCUCUCCAAGCGGUCCAGCAGCUUUAACAUGAAUGCCCAGAACUCGGUAAGGAUAGAAGUGACCAUGCGGGAUGAGGUUAACGCAGGUCACCAAAUGAUUCACGGAGGCGGUUACAACCACAACACAGCCAACAGGUGGUUCGACAAGACCAUCCAGUUCGUGGUGACCCGCGACGGGUGGUGCGGCCUAUGCUACGAGCACUCGUGCGCCGAGGGCAUCGUGGUGAUCCAGCUGGUGGAGCAGGUGCUGCAGGCCAUCGCCGCCGAGACGCAGCCGCCGCCGCCCGAGGAGGCCGACGAGGAGAGGGCGCCCGGCGAAGGCACAUCCGAGCGGCACGACAGCCUGACGGUUCCCGAAGGACAGGGCUUGCCCGCCCCCGAGGAGCCCGCGCCCUCGCCCACGCGCCUCGAGUGGAGGGUCACACCCGUCAUUUACAGGAGGAUACAGGAGGCGGCCGACCAUGUGGACAAGCUGGUGGAGGACCUGGACUUCCGCAUCCUCCGAUACCUCGGCUUCGGCAGGAACUUCAUGAAGAAAGUCAAGUGCUCUCCGGACGCCUUCCUGCAGCUGGCUCUUCAGUUGGCGUUCUUCAGGUGCCACGGCCAGCUCACCAGCACCUACGAGAGCGCCAGCACCCGGCGAUACCGCAACGGCCGAGUCGACAGCAUCAGGGCCAACACGCCGAAGGUCCUGUCGUGGUGCGAGGCCAUGGUCAUUAAUGCCCCGAUCGCCGACCGCCUGGCGAAGUUCGACACCGCCAUCGCGCUCCAGACGGACAUAAUGGUCAAUAACAUCCUGGGGCGAGGCAUCGAUAUCCACCUGCUGGGCCUGAGAGAGAUGGCCAAGGAAAUGGGUCUAUCCACACCCGAAAUUUUCAGCCACAGGUCAUACCAAGUGUCCAACCACUUCCGGCUCUCGACCAGCCAGGUUCCCACGCUCUCUGACUCCUGGAUGGGCUACGGUCCGGUGGUUCCCGACGGAUACGGAGCUUCCUACAACCCUCACCCGGACUACAUUGUCUUCUGUCUCUCAGCUUUCAAAUCCUGCGAAGAGACAUCGACUCUGGAGUUCGGCCGCGGCCUCGAGAGGGCGCUCGACGAGAUGAAGUCGCUCUUGGAAACCAGGCUGAAAUAG